GACAACCUGAUUUCACUAUGAAACUAGAGCCUCACUGUGGAAGUAGAUAGCUCUUAAGUGGCUAUUGACGGCUCACUGGUAAGUGAAUCUAACUCUCACCUUUGUUUCCUCAGAGACUUCCUCUAGCUGAGGGGUUCCGAUGUCAAUUUCAAUCCCACCGUGAAGGUGAAAAUACUCAUCAGACUUGUACGGAAAGUGUUUACAGGCGAACGCAGGUCCAAGGAGCAAUGGUGGUAAUUCCCUCUCUGUCUUCAGUUUAUCAUCUACAAAAACAGAAUGAAAACAAAGAUAAGCACAUCUGUUGCAACGCCAACGGUAUGAUAGCCAUAGGGAACCUAGAUACGAAACGUGGCAAUGCCUUCAAAUUAUGUAGGCAAUCGCCACACAAGUUCAUGUUAAAACAUUCCAGUUCCUACAAGUCAGAAUGUUGAAUAAACAGAAUUUGAACAUACUCUGCCGAUUGUCUGUGGCGUUGGUCCAUCAGUUGGUUGAAAUUUGAGGCAAUAUCCAAAGGAAUUGUUAUUAGCCUGACUUCAAGAUAUGCAUCUCUGUGUGUGGCAAUUAAGAUUUGUUUGCUUGUGACCAAAGGCACGUGCACAAGACGGAAGUACAGUAACUGAAGUCUGCAGUUGUUUACAUGGUUUUACACAUGUCAGGUGAUAUACAUUUCAACAGCAGUACUGGCGCUCUAAAAAAAAAAGGUUGUGAAACAACGCUUUACUGUGGAUAUUUUGUCAAACGUUUUGAGCAGCUGAAGGACCAACCACACAACCGGUAGGGCAAGUUAAAAAGGAAUUGUAGUCAUUGUUGUCAACAUUCUGGCUUAUAAGAAAAACUUUGAUUUUGCAUUGCUAUGUUUCAGACUGUAUAUUAAGUAUUGGUUAUAAAAGUCUGAUUUAUUAGGCAAUGGGGAACCUAGUUGUUUCAGUGACAGACAAUUGGCCUCAGUCUAGAAUUCAAAUACCAUUAUCAACGCAGUAAGUAAGUAGCACAGAGAUGUAGCUAGCGUUGCUCAUGGAGAUCCUGUAAGUUAUAUUUCAUUGUUGCGCUGUAGCAACCGACCUGAGUAAGCCGGAAGCAUCUGCGCCAGGUCUGGGAUCUUCAUCCUCUUCUUUAGCCCUACCAGGAAGGGCACCAGGAAAGUGAGGAGGCGCAGGUAAGCCAGGUCUCUGCACACCUCUGCCUUCCUCUCCAAGCAGCCCCUAACCAGGCCUGCUUGUAGACCCAGCCUCUGCUGCAGCCUCUGAUAGGUGGCCAGCUCCAGCCUUUCCUCAGUCAGCCUCACCACACUGGCCAGACUGUGGGCGCCCUCGAACACAAACAGGUUGCCGUGCUGUCGGACAGAGGACAGGUAGGAUGUCAGCUUAAGCAGGAUGCUCUCCUGGUGUUGGGAAAAAAGCCUCUCCUCCUCUGCACUGUUGGGGUCGUAGGUAGGAUCCACAUUGACUUCCAUGUUGUAUAUGCCCUGGUAACAGGGAUCCUCUGAGAUGUCCUGAAGACCUGGAGGAUUCAACAAGCAUCACCAGUUGAGGGGAAUCCUAUUUCUAAAGUAGGCAUGUUCAAUUGAAUCUAAUCAACAUCAUUAUUAAAAAACGGACACCAUUUUGUCUCAAAGUUAGGGCAUGCAUUUAUCUGUCAGUAAUUGAUCUUGCAUUACAUUACAUUUCGCUGUCACCCAAAUACCUGCAGUGAGAAACUCUGCAAACACAUCUUUCUUUGUCUGGGGCACUCCAUUUGAGUCGACACCCAUGCUGCUUCUCCAGAGUUCAGAGAAGCGAAUGCGAUUUUCUCUAGGAAUAUUGGCUCCAUGCCAAAGAGCCUUGAUGGCGUAGUCAACAUUAACCAAAAUUUGUCCUACUUUCGUAUCAUAAUAUGCUGGAGACAGUUGGCACGAGGUGCUCUGGUCAAAGUUGGGCUCAAGACUUAUACAUGGCACUUGGUUGAAACAAUAGAUGCCAACUGUGAGCUCUCUGACUAUUUGAUGGACCACCUUGUAAUCAAGAGGGACUCGCACAUCCACAGGUGCGAGAAUGAUACAGUUUGAGUUAGUGAAGUUCCUCAUUUGUUUGAUUAUGCCCGGCGGCAUUUCAACUGGCUGAGUGAAGUCAUCACCACCCAGAAACCAGUUACAAGAGGUCAGGCUCAGCAACUCCUGAACUUCACCCUUGUCGUACUUCUCAAAGAAAGCGUUGGCAUUUCUUUGAGCUGUCAAUGCAGCAAGGUAGGCCGUGUCAUCCUUCUCCUCUUCAACAGAAGAAUGUUGUAAUCUGGACGAAGCACUGGAUGUCAGUGAGCGCGCCAUUACGUCCAUAGUUUACGUUAGCUAGCAGGCUAUUUUAACCUUUGCUUACACUCUAAAGUACUUGCAUAGACAGUUUUAGAAUAACGGGUUAAACUUGUUGAUAGCAUCACGGCACAACAUUGUUGCCUCAAAGUCCAAAUUAAUGUGUAAGAUUCUUUGCUCUUGGCAACCAAGACGCUCAGCCUUGGUUACGGCGCGUUUUUGUCUAGACAGACUUGGGGUGCGUUCAUAAAUUCGUUAGUUAUUCUGCUCCCUGGCACACUCUAAGAGAGUGCUCUGAAAUCGUAGUAGAUAGCCACAGUGAAUUUUCGAACGCACCCCUGAUCUCCUCAUAAAGUGUUCCAAUUUGUGACAUAUGGGGGCGCUGUUCAAUUACUUUUGAAGGCGUUGCUUUAUUGAGACUUUGUACUGUAACCUACAGCGCACUGUCGGUUUUCCCCCACAAAUGUAUUUUUUACGUCGUGGAGGAAUGCGAUUCUGAUUGACACAGGUUCGUGUAUUCACUAUUGCACACAGAUGUGAAGUCGUAUGUUAUCAUUGCUGCUUUGAUACGUAUACUUGACCUAUAACUCACUGCUUUUAGGUAACUGUUUACAGCAACAUUUGAACUAGUGUCUUAUUUAGCCACCUAGCUAAAUAAGUGACUGGCGCUAAGUAGCCCACUCUGGCACGGUUGUUUAAAUGAAAGCGGUUAUUCUCGCUGCGGGAUAUGGAACAAGGUUGCAGAGAGAUGUUGAUAACGACACGAGCGGAAGAUUCAAACAUCUGGCUGGCAUUGCCAAGCCACUGCUUCCUGUGGGGCACUGUGCCUUGAUAUCUCACUGGGUCCAAGCUUUGAAUACCACUGGAUGCGUGGACACGGUCUUUGUCAUUACCAAUGCCCUUCACCACAAAGCAUUUGUGGAGUGGGCCCUGGACUUCCCUAAUGUCAAAGUACUAAGUGAUGGAACAAAGAGCAAUGAGGACCGUCUUGGUGCUGUCGCCUGUCUUCAGCUAACAGUCAAGCACUUCAAGAUCGAAGACCAUGUAAUAGUUAUCGGAGGAGACACUUUGUUCAAGGAAGAGUUCAGUCUCAUUAAAGUUAAAGAGAAGUUUUCUGACCUGCAAACAAUGUGUGAAGACAGCAGUCUGGUUCUUUCCUACCAAUGUAAAGAUGAGGAGACACAGAAGUAUGGUAUUUUGGAAGUCGAUGAACACCUUCGGGUGCUCUGUAUGAAGGAGAAACCUCUUCCCUCAGAGACAAAAUCAAGGAGAGCAUGUCCAUGUUUCUACUUGUUUUCCAAGAAAAUCCUUCAUCUAUUGGAUGCCUUUCUUGAUGAGAAUAAGCUCUUUUGUCAAAGGAAGCACCAAUCGAAGAAAAGGACGCACCUGGAAACUUUUUGUCAUGGCUCAUUUCAAGAAAGCCUGUGUAUAUUCAUCAGAUUUCUGGCCGUUUCGAUGUGGGAAACCUGCCCUCCUAUGUUGAAUGUGACCGGUACUUCAGAGAAAAUCUUCAAGAUGUGAAGUCUUAUAUGAUGUAGUGUGCACAGAGCCAUGUUUGAGAUCUACAAUUUUCUUCACAUUGCCACUUUAUUUGUGCCUUAAAUAUUAAACAUAUUUUGAAAAUAUUCAAAUUAUAUUAAUCAAAA